CAAGCAAAUAGAAGAAUCUCCAGGUACCAGAAAAACAUUGAUGCAUAUCCUGGAAGAAGAAGGUCUGACUUUCAGAACCCUCCCUGAGAUCACAGGACUAUGAGGGGAAGAGCAAGAGCAGGCAGCUGAAGCCUGGCCUGGAGUGAAGAGAGGCAUCUUAUUUUCCUCCAAGGCCACUAAUACACCCUCUCAGAGGAGGCCUCACACUCUCCUCUGAAGCAGGCCCCAGCCAUCAGCCAGCUGGUGGGGACCCACGCUCCCUCACUUCCUGGCCCUUUCAACCUUGGUCCUCCUGAGGAGCAGAAGCUCAUCUCCGUGCCUGUGGGGGUUUGUAUUCCUUCAGAAAAUAUAAAGCCUUUCGCGCUGGAACUUAGCAGUGGCCACCAUGGGGUCUGUGAAUUUCAGAAGUCACAAAGCAGAAGCCCAGGUGAUGAUGAUGGGCCUCGACGGGGCGGGCAAGACCACCCUCCUGUACAAACUGAAGGGCCACCAGGAAGUGGAGACCCUGCCCACCAUAGGUUUCAACGUGGAGCCUCUUGAGGCUCCUGGGCAUAAGUCAGUGAUCCUCUGGGACGUUGGGGGCCAGGCUCAGCUCAGGGCAAGCUGGAAGGACUAUCUGGAAGGCACUGAGGUGCUCGUGUACGUGCUGGACAGCACUGAUGAAGCCCGCUUGCCUGAGGCUGUGGGUGAGCUCAAAGAAGUCCUGAAGGACCCCAACAUGACUGGGGUCCCUUUCUUGGUGCUGGCCAAUAAACAGGAGGCCCCGGAUGCCCUCCCCCUGCGGGAGAUCAGAAAGAGGCUGGGCCUGGAGUGCUUCGCAGACCGCGGCUGGGAUCUCCAGGCCUGCAGCGCCCUCACUGGCCAGGGGCUGCCCGAGGCCUGGAAGAGCCUGCAGGCUCUGCUGAAAUCCCGCAGCCGCCUGUGUCUCCAGCUCAGAGGCGGUGGGGCCGGGCACAGGGACCACAAGAAAUCCUGAUCAGGCCAGAGCAGCUUAUCUUGGCUCCUGUGAGCCGGAAGAACCAGCUAAUCCUGGAGCCACUUCAGCUCCGUUUAUCAAACCAGAAGUCUUUCUAUUCUCAGACGGGAUACUUUCUUCUCGGGACUCAUUUUCAGUGGUAUUUAUGUUGAAAAAUCUUUGAAUAACAAUUUUAUUCUUUGAAUAAUGGUACUCUAAUAAAAAAAAGAAAACCCUCAA